AUGCAAGUGCGUGAUGGGACUGUUGGGUCUGUGCAUGCCUACGGAUCACUGCGACAAGCAGUCUCCUCAACAUGGCAGUCGGAAGGUCUUCGCGGAUUCUUCAGGGGUGUCUUGCCAAAUGUGGCUGGCUCCACGAUUGCAUGGGGCGUUCAGAUGCCGCUCUACCAGCUGUUCAAAACGAUGGCAUAUGGAGAGGCCAGUACCAGUGCCCAAACGGCCAAAGAUAGUGCGUGCUCUUUAGCAGCUGGAAUGGUAACAAACAUGGUGGUACAUCCGAUCUUCUUGAUCAAGACACGUUUUCAAUUGCAACGUGGACAAGGAAAGGUCUACCAGGGAAUCUUCCAUGCUGUUACGACCAUCGCAUCUGAAGAAGGCCUGCCAGGUUUCUAUCGGGGCUUCAUGCCAUCGCUGAUGCUGUGCUCACAUGGGGCCAUCCUUCUGGUAGCAUAUGACCGUUUCAAGACACGCUUCGAUUCAGUGCUUGCGGCAUCCUGUUGUGCAAAGAUCUUCGCGUCGGUGGAUGCUUGGAACCAAUCAGAAUGGAUCAGACAGCAAGACUCAUACAUGAAGGAACCACGUCACUACGUUCUUGGAUGCCAAAAAGGGUAA